AUGCAAUAUAACUAAAUGAUCAAUUCUGUUGUAGAAGCUCCAACAAGAGAAUAUCCUAAAAGAUAAUUUGUAUUAACAAAGCUUCUUGGAGCAGGAGGUGAAGGAGCAGUAUAUUUAGCUACAGCUGAUAAUUGGGGUAAUAAUCCUAAAAAAGUUGCUCUUAAAUUUCAAAAGAAUAUGGAAGAUAAUGAGAAAUAGUUUAUAUAAAAUUUAAUACAAUAUUAAAACAUUUAUGAGAAUGGAAAUAAUCAACAAUACACUCCCAGUAACAUAAUUCGAAUAUUUGAAUAUUUUGAAUGGAAAGCUAACCAUUGCAUUAUUAUGGAAGUAGGCUCAGAAAGUUUAUAUGAUUAAAUAGCUAAAAAUAACAAUUAAUCCAUAGAUGACAAAAUAAAAAUAUGUUUUGAUGUAAUAAUUUUAUUUUUAAUAAACUUNAAUUAAUAUAUUUCCUUAAGCUUAUUUUUAUAUUUGAGAAUGGCAGGAUUCUUAUCUAUUAGAUUAAUGAAAAUUAAAUGUCAUGAAAUUUGA